AUGUCCGCAGAGCAACCGUAUGACUCCGACUUCACACAAUCGGAGUCUUCCGCUCAUCCUGAAAGUCAGCUUGUAUUAGAUGAAACGAACUCAUUGCAAGAUCUUUUGCGCAAUGCCCCUUCCAUUUAUGGCAGCGCUGCAGAAACAAACGACUGGAUUACUGUGACAUCCCGAGAACCCAGUGAUAAUUUGCAUCUAGACGGAUCGGUCAAUACUGACGCCGAGGAUGAAAAUGGAUCUACACAUGCUGUGCCCUCGCAACCACCGACUCCAACUGAUCCGUCUAAGAUCCCGUUGCCUGUGUCCGGAACGCCUUCUAACAUUUCACUGUCUGUAUCAAGAACGCUAUCAACCCAAAGAUCACGCGAAGGGGACCGAAUGGUUGAUUCAACACGCCUGGCUCCUUCCCCAAUAGAAGAAAAGCGUCCACAAUCAUACAAAAAAACCAUCAAAAAUGCGGGAAAGGUCCUCGAACAUAUCAAAAAUGGAAGUGUAGGGCUAUCUUCCCGUCACGUGGGGACUUCAAUCACAUACUACGACUAUCGUGACCAUCUCAGAUCCGAUCCAACACACAUUUAUCAGUCAGGGACCAUCGCAGCCCUGGGCCAUGUUCCAAAAGAUGUACAGCAAAGGCUUAUACUUGUGGAAGAUCUUUCCAACCCCAUGAUAGACCAACUGGGUGAAAACUUCGGCAUAAAUCCCGAGUUCUUCGAAGAGCAUUUACUGAAUUCUGGCUACGCUGGCGGAAAAUAUGACAGUCCACCAGCUCGAAACUGGAGCACAGCAUCAUUUGAGAAAUCUUACCUAUCAUUCAGGUGGAUUCGACCGGUUUAUCGACUUCCAACGUACUUCUCAAGUGGUGAUCUUGAAGAUCUGCUUCAGAGCAGCGUCACACAUUUCACACGGGAGAAGUCUGUUACAACGGAAAUCCUCACCAACAUAUUCCGGCUGGACUGGGCCCUAUGGACAAACCCCACAACGACAGCGAUGAUGAAAAGAGUGUGUGGGUUAGAGGAGAGAGUUUCAAUUUGGAGAAAGAAACUUAUUGAUCAAGAGACUGAGAUUGUGAUUGUUCUUCUUGAUCCUUUGCCGGAAAUAUCUGAAGAACACCACUACUGGACGUCAAGUGCUUCUCAGCUGGAAAAUGACGAGAAUAAGGACCAAAAGGAGAAGAAGAAAGAGAAGAAAAGAAAGAAGAAGAGGAUGAAGGAGAAGGAUGAUAGCACCGACGAUGAUGAUUCGUCGCGUAGCCCCUCCAUUGAAAGCCGUCAGCACUUAACACCAUCUAGUUCUCAGAGAGGGAAUGUCGGGAAGGAUAGUGGUUAUACGCCACAUCCAUCCUCUGUGGAACGGAGUACAUACCGGGAACCAACUAGUUCUCGAGGACGGAGUGGUGAGUAUUAUUGUGAUGAUAGUACGCCACAUUCGUCCUCUGUGGAACGGAGUAUAUACCGGGAAUCAACUAGUUCCCGAAAACAGAGUGGUGAGUAUCAUCGUGGUGAUGAUACGCCACACCACUCCUCUACGGAACAGGGUCAAUACUGGACACCACCCAUUUCUCAAAGAACGAAUGGCCAAAAUGAUAGUCAGUAUGAUGCCUCGUAUCACUCCUUCGUGGAGCCGAGUAGAUACUGGGAGUCAACUGGUUCUUGGGAAGAGAAUGGCCAAAAUGAUGGUGAUGAUACGCCACAUCAAUCCUUCGUGGAACGGAAUAGACGCCAGCAAUCAAUCAGUUCCCAGGAAGGGAAUAGUGAGAAUUAUGGUGAUGAUGAUGUGUCGCACUACUCCUCUACCGAACAGAGGAUGUAUAUUGAAGAUUUCAUCAUUGAUGAAGAGCAACCACAACGUGUCAGGGAUGAAAAGUCGUUCGCUCAGGCGUUGGGCUGGAUUCUUGGCAGAGAAAGACGAAGAAACUACAGACCUGGAAUGAAGCGUGAAGUACUGAAUGCAAACCCCGUUGAGAAGAAGAGGAGGCGCGACACAAGGAAUAAAGUGAUCAUUGAGCAGAUAGCUCCUCGCCAAACAGUCUCAGCUGACCUAGACCGCAUAUUUCAAUCAUCGCAGUCAAUGGCGGAUCUGCAGAAAAAACUCCAGGAGACCAAGUCAACCAAGACGGAAAUCUGUGAUGCACUCGAAAUGCACCAGGGGCCAAUUAGUCUAGUCAGGCCGUUGAUCCGAAUCAUCCGACAAGACACCCUGACCCUGAUCAACCAGCUGCGACAGGUUCUUGACGAAAUCGAUAUCGAGAUAUUAGACGACAUCAAGAUGGAGGAUAGAUUGAGUUUAUGGCGACAGAUCAUCAAUCGUGCUCAGCGAGAGCUUCCAGAGCUGAAAGAUUCCAUGGAGCCUUUUAUUGAGUUCCUCAUAAAACUUCACCCUCCAAGCUCUCCCCUAGAGGUUGCAGCCACGGGACUAGAGGCUAGGCAAGAUAUGCACGAACUUGGGAAGGAUAUCGAUCAAAUCAUUCUUCGACUUUCAAAAACAUCAGCAUCUGUGACUUCCAAUAUGGGUCUUCUGGAGAGUCGACGUUCGAUCGACGAGGCUCAUGCCGUGGCAAGACUCACCGAGCUCGCCUUCAUUUUUAUCCCGAUGUCUUUUGCUGCCUCUAUUUUUGGCAUGCAAAUCGAACCAUUUGCCAAUCCAGUGCCUCUCAGUAACUUUUUUGUUGUGGCUAUUGUCGUAACAUCAUUUGCUUAUGCGAUGCGUAUGACUAUGCGCAGCCAUUGGUUGAUUGCUCUGAAGACAGCCGUGAAAAAAGAUGUCAGGGAUUAUGCGGCGAGGAAUGGUCAACCUGUGCAACCUCGAGCGCUUCCGAUGCUUCUGGUCUUUCGGUCAAUAGCAAGUCGACUAGGUACCAUCAUUUCCAGUAUCUGUAAAUGGGUCGUGCAAAGGACCCGUUUACUAGCUGAAAGGUUCUGGGGUGUGUUCGGCUUCAUAAUCAGCUUUGUUUUGUUGAAUGCGGGUGCAUCGGCCAUACCAAUCGGGGUGCUUUGGACCCGCGAGCUUGAGUCAAAUACCCGGGCUGCUGUCAGCAUCGCUAUUGUUUUCCUUGUUAUAGCUACCGUGGGAAUUCCUUUUUGGAUGAGAUCUGAGCCGGAGUUUCGAAACGCUUUACCAAAGCUGAUCAUGAAGAUGGUACGUCGGGCACCUUGGCAGGUUAAAAUGGCCCUGAUGUAUGUGAUCUUGACUACGACAUUCAUUGUGGUGCCUUUGGCACUCAUUUGGACACGCCCACUAGCUAUUGGUAUCAAGAGCGGGCUGACCGUGGGUAUUUUGACGACGGUGAUUAUAAUUAUGCUAGUCUUUGUUCUUUUAAGUACUUCUGGACCAUAUCGAUGGACGCGUUUUCAGAGAUAG